AUGCGUAUACACAGGCGAAGACUUCGGGAUAAUACUAACCCAUUUGAAAUGCCAGAAGAGCGAUUUCGGGAGUUGUACCGACUUAGUCGGGAUGCAGCGCUCAUUCUCGUUGAAGAAAUGCGUCCACAUAUGAGGCAGGGACAGAGGACAACCUUUAUCCCCAUCCCUGUUCGUAUCUGUGCGGCACUGCUUUUUUUUGCGUCUGGGUCCUACCAAAGGGACGUUGGACACGACUUUUCAGCAGCAAUGAGCCGAACUAUGGUGUCCCGCAUUGUAGCCGAAGUAUCCAAAAUACUUCAGGACAAGCUAGCGGGCAAGUGGAUAAAAUUCCCCAGAGAAGAGGAAUACGAUUCAAUAAAGCAAAGAUUUUUCAAUGAGACCGGAUUUCCCGGAGUUAUUGGGGCUGUUGACUGCACCCAUGUGAGGAUCCAAAAACCAAACAUUGAAAUCGAAGCAUGCUACCUCAACAGAAAAGGAUACCACUCGAAGAACGUCCAGUUGGUAUGUGACUACAAUCUGAGAAUUCUAAGUGUGAUAGCAAAGUUUGGAGGAUCCUCACAUGAUUCCUAUACAUGGGAUGGAUCUCAAGUAAAUUCUUUGCUUGAACGACGCUAUGAAGCUUGUGAACCGGGGGAACACAGCUCUUGGCUGUGA